AUGUAUGGCCUCAGUGAAGAUCCAUCGUUGGAAAGUGAAAGGAAACUGCUACUAGCUCGUGCAGGUCAGUAAAUGACAAGUGGUCGAAUUUUACUUUGUUUUGAUGUUCUGUCAGCACCUAACACAAUUCUAAUUCCGAAGGUUUUUUUCUAAUCAGGAAUUUUUUCGCCGGAUGUGUCUCAUGACCUUAUAACUAUAUGUCCCCGUCAUCGGGCGGAAUAUGGUAUAAGAUGGAGAACAGGGAAAACUAUGUGUUCGGUUCCAAGCCCAAUGAUCGCACAUAAGUCAGCAAAAGUGAAAGGAACACGCAGAAUAAGCAGUCAACUAUCUUCACUUAUUUUGAAGGAAACAGACCAGCUAAUUGUUGUUGGAUCGCGUAAGUGAUUUUUACGUUAUGUCUUGUAAUUUUACUGAAAUUCUUAGGAGAGAUUGAACGCUCUGACUCUGUUAGUAACAAACAGCGGUUGGGUAAGGAAGUGAUGGAAUACAGGGGUGGUUUAUUCACCAGCUGGAAGUUCGGGUUUGUUUUUGAUCCUCGGCCGCAUGACCUUCAACUUCCUGCGCUUGAGCUUUUCCACAUUGCAUUUGAGUUCUUUAUGGAAAACUGAUACCAAGUUCAAGAGCCCAUAAGAAGAACCCCAUCUCUAUUAAGCCACUCCUCAGGGGGGUAAGUCCCCCAUCUCUACUAAGCCACCCCUAGGGGCCUUAAUCGAGGAUUUUCUAACAUACUAUUAUUUCACAUUAGCUAUUUGCUCGACUUGCUUUGGACAUCUGACGAGGGAAGAGGAAAAACGUCUAAUGGGCGCUGGAGCAAUAGAGAAGGGAUCAGAAGGACCUAAGGAAGCUAAAGCUGAAGAGGAGAAGUUAGAAGGAUCUAUGGAAAGUGGGGAUGAAGUAAAGAAUUUAGAAGGACUCUUGGAAACUGGUGAUACAAGGCUGGUAUGUUGAUAAGCCCAUAAAAUAGGUUAUUUACUCAAAAUAUUUCUCCGUUAUUGAUUGGCUCAACCCCCCCCCCGCCCCUAACCCCACCCAACCUCCCCGCUUAUUCUUUGUAAACAGCAAACAUUGACGACGAUUGUGAUAUCUGGAAAAAGAUGUCAAUAUCACAGGAAAGACGCCAGAAAAAGAAAGGUCAAUUGAGAAUUACUGGGGUCGAGUCGAGGUUGCCACUAAGCGUAAGCCAGUUCCUGUAACGCAUGAAGCACCAAAAGAAAUGAUUUUAGGCAGACCGAGGAAGGUGAAUUCGGCCGAGGCUUAUCCUCUUAUCCUUACAAAAUCGAAAAAUGCGGCAAACCGGUUUAAACUGAAAUGGGAAUUAAAAGGAUUCUCUAAUUUGUUAUUUAUUUUAAAUGUGUAGGAAACUGAGGAGUCGACAUCUGCAGACAGUGAUGUCUCUAGUGCUGUCCUUGGUGCAUUAAGCAAGUUAGAAAUUGCCGAUGAGACCUUUUUAAGCCCUGAAACCAGGAGCACAACGUCUACUCAAAGCGAUGAAAUUGUUCCCUCUCAAGCAACAGCCGCAGAAAUGCAGCGUAGCCUUCUGAAUGAGUUCUUGGUGGCUUGGAAUAUACCGCCGCUUCAAAGAAAAUGGUUGGACUUUAGCAGUUGCAGUGAAUCCACUAAGCAAAGGUAUACAAGAAGAUCAAGCGACAUCGUAGCUGCAGUGCUAAAAACAAUUUCUCCCGAAGAUGCUGGCCUUAUUUGGAGAGCCAUGACAUCAACAGCUUCCAUGAAUAAGUUGCUUGGUAUUGAAGAUAUCUCACAAGCAGAUCAGCGUAAUCUAGAAGCCCUAACUGAAGCGUAUAAUAACGCCGAUAGCUGGGAUGCCCGCCGACAAAUCCUUUCUGUAAUGACUGGUGUUGCUGGUUUUAAAAUUUUAGCCACCUUCAUUCCAGGGCUAACAAGGUACCGGUACUCUAUGGCAAACCUUCAGGUUGGUCGAGGCGCACCUGUACCUCCUCGGUGUUAACAAGAAUAAAAGUAGAUCUAAAACAGUUAGAUCAUUUUCUGUGCUUUAUCACAAGCCCACACUUAGUACAAGAUCUUCCGUUGGGACAGAAACAGUUGACUCUUUCGACGGGUGAAGUCAUUAAAGUCCCCAACGUGAUAAGAACCAUGAUACCUUAACGAAUCGUGCGUCAAUAUACUCAGUACUGUGAAGAGACUGGCUUUAAGCCUUUUAGUCAAAGCACGAUGUUGCGCGUUUUGUCUCAAUGCAGUGCGUCAGUAAGAAAGUCUCUUCAGGGACUCGAUUACUAUGCCGCGGAUGGUACACGAGCAUUUGAUGACCUGAUAUCACUGGUGCGUAAAAUAAAUGAAGUGGAAAGUGACAUGGAUUGGGAAAGACGAAUGAUCGAGUCGCUCAAAGCUGCUAAGCAUUAUCUAAAAGGAGACUACAAGGUAUGUUUUAAGCAAACAGAAAAAUUUGAUGGUUAAUGCAUUAAUAAAUUUGGAGUAUUGAUAAGUAUAGGUACAUUUCACCUCAGUUCCCGCCUAAUCGUUAGUUACCUAUAAGAUACUGGAGACAUCACUGUUUACAAACAUUGUAAUUUGUAACGAGUGAAACAAAAUAGUCUUUUGUUACAAGAACCAAAGCGCUUCUACCCUGGGAGAGACUUUUCUUGCCUGGUUUCCGGUUUCUGUAAAGCCUUAACAGUGAGCCGCAUUUUUCUCAAGACUUCGGCCGUCGGCCGACGCCGAGGAUUCCCGCAGGCCCUCCGCGCGGAAAAAAACCCUGGUACCCAGGGUAAUGCACUUCUUGUUGGCACAUUAAUUAUAUCAAUAGGUGAGGUAAGCUUGAGUAUCGCUAUAUCCUCAUCCCAUGUGGGAAAACGUUUGUGUGAAAAGCGUAUAACUUGGGUAGCAAGCACAUACAGGCGCAAAAAAUAUGAACCGCUGUUGCGGAGUGUAGGUGAUCGCCCGAAAUAAGUUGAUUAAAUGAGGCUUAUUGCUUUUGCAAUAAAUUGAUUUGUUUGCAGGUGCAUUUGGAGAAGGAAGCUAGCAUACCAGAUCACUGUGUAGCGUUUUCAUUGAGCGAUGCUAGCGAUCCAGACUACCAGGUGCAGUGCCAACACAAUCACGAAGAUAUCUGUGAGCAGUGUGAAGCGCUAAACGAAACUUUAAGGGAAAUUGACAGUCGCAUUAACUGUUGCCAUUUUUCAUCUGAUGACGAGCGUGAAGAAGCGAUUUACAUUCUGCAGUCAUCGAAGCUUGCCAUCCGUUCAUGGCAGUGCCACAUAUUACGAUCAUUUAACCAAGACCAAGCGCGACUGGACUUUCUUGACCUUCUUGACAAUGAGACAGUACUCAUUGUCAACGACUGGGCGAUGAAGUUUCUACCACAGAGGUACCGAGAAUCGCAGUCUGACUGGUUCGGAAAGCGUGGCAUAUCUUGA